AUGGCAACAAAAGGACUUCUUUCUGCUCCAGUACUGUGGUUGAUUCUUCUCUCCAUUCAGGUCUCCCUGGGCACUGAUGAACUGAGGCUGUCUAAUGGAACUGGCCCCUGCUCUGGGAGAGUGGAAGUAAAACAUGAGGAUCAGUGGGGAACCGUGUGUGAUGGUGACUGGACCAUAAAGGAUGCUGAGGUUGUCUGUAAGCAACUACAAUGUGGAUCUGCUGUUAAGGCCCUGAAUCGAGCUCCUUUUGGACAAGGAACUGGACCAACGUGGUUGUACCGAGUUGAUUGCCAUGGUGAUGAAUCUGCUCUCUGGAACUGCUCGCAUACAGGAUGGGGUGCUUUUACCUGCCCUCAUUACUUUGAUAUUGGAGUGAUCUGCUCAGGUUUCUCUGAUAUGCGUCUGACUGGAGGGGACACUGCCUGCUCAGGACAUCUGAAAGUAAAGAAAGAAGAAACUUGGGCCACUGUCUGUUUCUCACACAUUGAUUUCAAAACUGCCUCUGUUAUAUGUAAUGAGUUAAAGUGUGGCCAGGCUGUGGAUACCUUGAGAGGAAAUCACUUUGGAGACAGAUAUGAACUGAUCUGGCAAGAAGAGUUUCACUGUGUAGGGAAUGAGACUCACCUUGCAGACUGUCCCAGGAGCAUGCACCACACUAACACAUGCUCUCAUGAUGCCACUGUUGUGUGUUCAGGCUACGGUGGGUACAGGCUGGCAAACGGCAAUACCACGUGUUCAGGGAGAGUAGAGCUUCUUCACGGAGGCACAUGGGGAACCCUCUGUGACUACCUGUGGGAUUUACCAGCUGCCAAUAUCCUCUGCCAGCAGCUAGACUGUGGAGUUGCACUACUGAUCCCAAGUGGACAGUCCUUUGGGGAAGGAAAUGGAUCUGUCUGGAAUGCCACAUUCAGUUGCCAGAAGAAUGGCUCACUCCUGAGAGAGUGUCCUGUGCGUGCUCUAGGUCAGGAUGAAUGCCCUGCUGGAAAAGAAGCUCAUGUGGUGUGUUCAGGGUGUCCAGGGGGUAGGCUGGUGAAUGGCACUACGUGCUCUGGCACAGUGGAGAUCCGCCAUGGAGACACGUGGGGAAAACUCUGCCACUCCCACUGGAAUUUGCAAGCUGCCAAUGUUCUCUGCCAUCAGCUGAACUGUGGGUAUGCAAAAUCAAUCCAGAUGGAAGACAGUUUUGUGGAUGGAAAUGGGCCUAUAUGGAGAGAUGCUUUUCACUGUAAAGGGACAGAGUCCUGUCUCUGGGAUUGUGUUCAAGUGACUUUGGGCAAUCCAACCUGUUCAGCCAAAGAAGCAGCCACUGUAACUUGCUCAGGUCUUGCUGAAUCACUCAGACUCUCAGGGGGUGAGAGCCGCUGUGGUGGGCGAGUUGAGAUCUCCCUCCAUGGGGUGUGGAGCAGGGUCCUGGAUGACGACUGGGACAUUAGGGAUGCCCAUGUGGUAUGCCGACAGCUCCAGUGUGGAACUGCCGAGAAAGCCUAUUACCUUCCAAAGUCUGAGCGAGGCACGGGUCUUGUUGGCCUAAGGAGCGUCCAGUGCACUGGAAAUGAGACUCAGCUGAUGCUCUGCAACACCUCCCAUUAUCAGACAGUGCCAACAGGAGUUUCAGAAGAUGUUGGUGUGAUUUGUUCGGGAAGCAGACAGAUGAGGCUGGUGAAUGGAACAAACCGCUGUGCUGGAAGAGUAGAGCUUUAUCAUCAUGGCAUCUGGGGCACCAUCUGUGAUGAUAACUGGGAUCUAUCAGAUGCCAAUGUUGUUUGCAAACAGCUUGGAUGUGGGCAUGCCAUCGAGGCAUUUGUAUCUGCCCAUUAUGGCGAAGGGUCAGGGCAGAUCUGGCUGGAUGAUGUGAAUUGCACUGGGGUUGAAUCUGAUCUCUGGUCAUGUCCCUCUAGGGCGUGGGGCCAGCACAACUGCCAACACAAAGAGGAUGCUGGCGUCCUGUGCUCAGAUUUCCUGGCUCUGAGGCUGGUGAAUGGCAAUGAUUGUGCUGGGCGUGUAGAAGUUUUCUACAACGGGACGUGGGGGAGCGUUUGUUCCAAUCGCAUGUCCCUGCUCACCGCAGUAACCAUGUGCAAGCACCUGGGCUGCGGAGACGGAGGAGGAAUAGCCACGGACUCCCAAUACGGCAGAGGGUCUGGGCCCACGUGGCUGGACCACAUUGAGUGCACUGAGCAGCACAGCUCGCUCUGGCAAUGUCAGUCAGACUCCUGGCAUCCUCAGUCGUGCACUAACCGAGCUGAAGAGACCCACAUUACUUGCACUGGAAGAAAAGAGGCAACAUCUCCAGCUGCAUUUGCUGAGUGUCCAAACUCCACAAGUUGUUCAGACAGGGAGAAGUUACGAGUCAUGGGAGGAGAGAAUGAAUGUUCAGGCAGAGUGGAGAUGUGGCACCAAGGUUCCUGGGGAACAAUCUGUGAUGACUCCUGGGACGUGGCAGAUGCCAAUGUUGUAUGCAGGCAGCUGGGCUGUGGAUCUGCUGUGUCUGCUCUGAGUGAGGCUGCCUUUGGGGAAGGGACUGGUCCCAUCUGGUUGGAGAAGGUGCACUGUAAAGGAACAGAGCUGUCUCUUUGGGACUGUCCAGCCAAGCCUUUGUUUGGCAAAAACUGUGAUCAUAAGGAAGAUGCUGGUGUGAAUUGCUCUGGUGUGACAGAAACAACAGCAUCACCCACGAGAGCAGAUCGUCCCCGCCGCCCUGCCACAGGCAGUAUGAGACUUUCAGUGCCUGUCAUCCUCUGCAUUGUCCUGGGGACCCUUCUCUGCCUGGUCCUUGCCAUUCUUGCUGGGCAGAUCCAACAUGCCAGGGCACAGCAGAGAGGUGGACUAUCCUAUGACCCCUUCUCCGAGGCUGUCUAUGAAGAGAUUGAUUAUAACCUGAUGAGGGAAAAGCAGGGCGUGACUUUCCUCUCAGGUCUGUGUGUCUCAAAACCAAAGGAACAGUUUUAUAGAACAGACAGUGAUGAAGAAAAUGGUCCUGGAGCAACACAAGAGGCCUCUCCACUGCCUGAAAAUGCCCUGGAAGAUGGUUAUGAUGAUGCAACAGAAGCUCCUGGACCUAGAGAUGCUUCUCUUUCUGAGCAGAAUGAACAGGAAAUCAUUGGGAUCCCUGGAGAAAGUGACAGAAACAAGGAUUCCCAGACAGGUGAGGCUGGAUGAGCAGUGCUGUUCUGUUCUUACAUCCAGCUAAUCUAUACCUCUUCUCUGCUUUCCUUAUAG